CAUUUUACAGACGCACCGCUCCGGCUUCCUUUUCAUUUCAGCUGUCAGUUCUUCUAACAGCGCUUCCCGAUGUCUUGUAAACUAGGAAUAUUAUAUGUUUAUGCACAGAUAUUAAUGUGUCAGUAAGGCCCUGCUUAUCUGAAGUCAAGGAACAGUGUUUUUAUUUUCUUUUUCAUUUUGUUCAUUGAUGUCUUGACUUGUCAUGUGGAAUGUCAUCAAAGUGCAAGGUGUUUUGAGGACAUAUCUGGACUGAUGUUCAGCAGGUUGAGAUGGAACUGUCUGAAUGUGUCACACAGAAGUACGGGAGGCUGCGGAAGCUUGUGGUGUCCAGCUCUGAUAUGGAUGAAAGGGAAUCCAUUCUAGAGGUUGAGUGUGACGAAGAGGCUCUUCUACCACAGUCAGUCAGGGCUGAUGGACAAGCGAAAGCAUAUCGUGGGAUCAAAGGAGAACUGGGCAAUGUGGCCCUGUUAUUGUUUUUGUAUUUGCUUCAGGGCAUUCCCUUAGGCUUGGCCGGGAGCAUCCCUCUCAUCAUGCAGAGUAAGAACGUUAGCUACAAGGACCAGGCCUAUUUUAGCUUCGUCUUUUGGCCCUUCAGUCUAAAGCUGCUCUGGGCUCCCCUGGUGGACUCGCUGUACCUGCGGCAGUUUGGCAGGAGGAAGUCGUGGCUGGUGCCCACUCAGUACCUGCUGGGUCUUUUUAUGCUUUACCUGUCAGUCACGGUUGAUGCGAUGCUUCAGACAGAGGGACAGAGUGGGCCAGAUGUGAUCACACUGACCGCAGUCUUCUUCAUGCUGGCUUUCCUCGCAGCCACGCAAGAUAUUGCCGUCGAUGGCUGGGCUUUGACUAUGCUGUCCAGGGAGAAUGUGGGUUAUGCUUCCACUUGUAAUUCUGUGGGUCAGACGGCUGGGUACUUCUUAGGAAAUGUGUUGUUUCUGGCUCUGGAGUCUGCUGAUUUCUGCAACAAGUAUCUGAGGUUUGAGCCUCAGGAACGGGGCAUUGUAACGCUCUCAGAUUUCUUGUUUUUAUGGGGGAUUGUGUUCAUGGUAUCUACCACUCUGGUUGCUAUACUGAAAAAGGAAACCACCAGUCACCAUCAUACUAAGAAGAAGCCUAAAGAGGAGAUGCAGAGUGUUAUGGAGACCUACAAACUUUUGCUCCGCAUUAUUAAAAUGCCCACUGUCUUUACCUUCUGUUCCCUAUUGCUGACUGCUAAGGUCGGUUUUUCUGCUGCAGAUGCUGUGACUGGGUUGAAGCUAGUGGAAGCCGGGGUUCCUAAAGAGCAGCUGGCUCUACUGGCAGUUCCCAUGGUGCCUCUGCAAAUCUUGCUGCCUGUAGUUAUUAGUAAAUACACAGCUGGCCCACGUCCACUUGAUGUUUUCUACAAAGCUUUCCCAUUCAGGCUGCUGAUUGGUCUGGGGUACGCCGUGCUGGUCUGGUGGACCCCAAGUGUUCGGCAGGAGGAGGGCUUUCCAAUGUAUUACUAUGCUGUUGUGCUGUUGAGCUAUGCAGUACAUCAGGUGGCACUAUACAGCAUGUAUGUUGCCCUCAUGGCCUUUCAUGCCAAGGUCAGUGACCCUGUGAUAGGAGGCACCUACAUGACCCUUCUGAACACUCUGACUAAUCUAGGAUCAAACUGGCCCUCUACACUAGCUCUAUGGCUGGUAGACCCUCUCACCUUUAAAGAGUGCCAGGGAGCCCCCAGGCAGACGUGUGGAUCGGUUGAAGAAGCAGGGCUCUGUGUCAGAGAGGGCGGCACGUGUGUGACGACACUGGACGGUUACUACGUUGAGUCUUUGGUGUGUGUGCUGAUUGGUCUCUGCUGGUGGAUGUUCUUCGGGAAAAGAAUGAAGCGGUUACAAGAAGAGAGCCCCGCUGCGUGGCAUUGCAGGGUUGUCAAAUAACAUAGUCUGUACUGGAAUCUGUCUCUUGUUUUAAAGUUACUUCAUGCCUUGCCCUCUCUUUCCUUCUCUGGAGCAACUACUUCUUUUUGUCAUGCUACAGCAGGCCUGUAGACCGGCUUUAAACUAUGAAACAGUAGAAUGUACUGUACUGUUACAUUCUUAGCAUAUCUGUUCCAUCAUCCCCAAGAAUCAGAGCUUUUAUGCCAAAUAGAAAUCUGUAGAGAUGGCACUAGCGUAUGUGUGAAGUUCAUGGUGGCAUGACAUUCACUGCACAGCUGCCUUAUAGCGUUUGUCUUCGAAAUACUUGAGUUCAUUCCUGUGCCUUGUGCCUCGCUUUUUAUAAUUAUCAUACAGGUUUCUCCAAAAAGACUGUGGAUCUUCUGAUUUCAUAAAUGCCAUAAUGAAGAAGUAGUUGCUUUUUCUCCAGAAAGACUUGAUGGUUGCACUUUAUUUUAUAGUAUGUGUACAUUUAUGUGCUUAUAGUUUACUUCCAGUGUAUUUAUCUAAGAAAGUUCUGGUAAUAGAAGGUAACUACAUGGGGUAAGGUUAGGUUUAGGGGGAGGUUCAGGGCUAGUACCUAGUUAUUACAUAUUUAUUGUAAUUACUAUAAUAAGAACAUAGUAUGUACAUGUGGAACAGGACUGUAAAAUAAAGUGCGACUUGAUUCUAAUUGAGCUCUUCAGGUGGAAUGUACGUAUUUAUGCAGUAUAGACCCAAAUUGCUUCAACAAUCAAAUAAUUGGAAAAAUAAAAAGGGUAGAAAGUUAACUAGUUAACUCCUGCAAGAAAAGGAAAAAAUAAUAAUAUUGAAAAAGACUCUAUUUUCUUUAUUUUUCUUUGUGUUUUUAUGGCCAGUGAAGUUUGAAUGUGUAUAACUGAACUUAAUAUUCAUGAAACCAGUUGUGCCUUUUAAGAAACCAGAUUUUCUUAGCGCUACCAAAUCUAUAAAUCAUUUAGACUUUAGAAGAAAGCCUGGAAUUUACAAGUGUAAUGUUUGUUGACUGGGAUAUUUAUACGAUCACCAGCACUUUAACUAAUAUUUGGUUUUCAGUGAUAACUAGGGAUAAUUUAAAGAGAUCGUUGACCCAAAACUGACUAUUCAGUUAUUAGUUACUCAUUUUCAUUCUUUAAAACUAUGACUCUUUUAAUAAACACAAAAGAAGAGACAUCAGGCACAGUUUAAAUACUGUUGUUAAACAAACAGUUUUUUUUUUUUUUUUUUUCUCGAUUCUAUGAAGUCAAUGGCUGCUGGCAACUUUUUGUUUCCCAACAUUCUUCAAAAUAUUUUAUUUUGUGUUUAGCAGAAAAAAGAAAUUCAUACAGGUUCGGAUCAACUUGAGAUUCAGUAAAUGAUGGCAGAAUUGUCAUUUUUGGGUUGAACUAUUGCUUUAUGCACUGACAGCCUCGGUCUCCAUUUACUUUUACAUAAUCUUUUUCCAUGAAAGUAAAUGAUCAAGACUGUCAUCCUGACAAAUCUUCUUUUGUGUUCCAUAGUUGGGGAAAUCCAAAUGAUCUAUGUAAACUAUCCCUGUAAAAUACUGUACUAUAUGGAUAAAUAUGUUACCUGGUGUCAAUUUUUCUUCAUGCAAAUUUUUUAUAUUUGUAAUCUUCAUUAAGUGUUCACCUUUUUGUUUUAUGUCAUAUAGUGGGGAGAGGGUACAGCUGCAGUGUCUUUGGAUCUUUGUAAAUACUUACUUUGUAAAUGUUCCAAGGAACGCUUUUACCAACAUUCCCAAACUCUAUGUAAAAUAAAUGAAGGUCUUUUAUACAAAUAAA